GAUGACGCGAACAUACCCUAUCUCCUCCCGAAAAGCUACGAGAAUCUAAAGGUUCCCCGUGUGUUCAAAAAUCCAGCGUUCAGCUAUAACGUUGACAUUCAGCAUUUCAUCUAUAUUGAAAACCAGUUCUUUGUCUCAAUGAUCGAUUCGAACGAUGUGCUUAAUGAGAUCUGUAAAGUUAUUCCCAAUCCACACGAUUACAUCUCUGUGUGUUCUCUACGAGGAAAUGACAUCCUGUGUGGGAAACUGGUUUCUGAGCUGAUAUACGUCCAUUGCAAGCUGCUUAUAGUCGACGACGAACAU